AUGGAAGAUGUUGAAGCCUAUGAAACCAACAAUAGACCUAGAUCUGUAACUACCUUGAGUAAAUCCAUCAUGAUUGUUCCUGACAGAGACGAUGUUGAUAAGAAUAUUCAUGUUUUGAUCUCUCAAGUGUUGGGUAUUGACCUUAAGACUAAUGUCGUGCCGGAUGUCUCCACAUCCUUGGCCCAACAUGAUAACAACACUGAGAACCCCAGGGAUAAAUCUGAUGUUAAUGCACCUACUCUGUCUCCUGAGAAAUCGAAAGACAAAGAAAGGUCUAGAGAAAUGACUGAUGAUCUGGGUGACAAAGAUAAAAACCCUGUUGAGAAAAAUGAUCAACCCACUGACAUAGUAAAUAUUGAGGAACUGGACUCUUAUGAUAUUCCUAUCGGCCAAAGACUGGCUCCUGGUAUAGCUAAAAUGUUGAAUAACAUAAGAGGUCAAGUUGUUGAAUCCUCCAUCACACCCUCCAAAUCUGUCAGGAACAAAGAUAAUGUUGGUCCCAACAAAAGAUGGAGCAAGGUGGUUACUUCUGUGUCUAAGAAGAAAUCCCUGAAAAGAAAGGAAUUUCCCUCUAAGUCUAGUAAAUCUGAUCAUGAAGUCGAACACAAUGUUCAGGACAUCAUCUCUACUUCCAGAAGGCAAGCCUCUGGGAAGAAGAUACGAGCUAAUAUUUUUGAAGUUCCAAUUAACAAUAUUUCAUUUCACUCAGUGGAGAAUUUUGAAAAAUGGAAAUUUGUUUAUCAAAGAAGAUUAGCACUGGAAAGUGAAUUAGGGAAAUAUGCUUUUGAAUUUAAAGAGGUGAUGAAUCUUAUUCAAGGGGAUGAAUUAAUGAAAACUGUAACUGUUUUUGGCAAGUGCUAUGAAAUGCUUGUCAGAUAA